CCGUGCUUUUAAAUCACUUCCGGGUCUGUCAUGGCGGCUGUGCUUUAAUCCGAGCAGAUUAGGAGCGACUUGAAGGUUCCCGGAAAUGUUCCUUUUACACGCUACGGCGAGGUUUAAAUGGAUCUUAGGAAAUAAACAGAUAUUCAGACACAUACACCGAGGAGGACUUUAUUUCCUGAGCGACUCUCAGACAUCAUGCAGAUCUUCUCUGAGGAACAACCAGCUUCUCCUGCAGACACACCAGAAGACAUGUUCUUCAUCUCACAUGCACAAGAUCAGACCCAGUGUGUACGGAAGAUGGUAUUCCUCCCAGCCGAGCAGCACUGAGGACGGAAAUCUGAUCUACACCGGAAAUCUGGGCAGAGCCGUGCUCGGCGUGAAGUUCUUCUCGUACUCCAGCAGCGUGUUCAGUCUGUGCGUGAUGCCGCUCGUCCUGAUGAAGACAGGAAUCGGCGUGAGCAGCCUCGCCAUGAAGGUGGCGUUCUGCGGUUUUAUCGGCUUCUUCACCUUCCUGACGCCGGUCCUCCUUCACCUCAUCACCAAAGGCUACGUGGUGCGCUUGUAUCACAACCAAGAGACGGACAUGUACACGGUCGUGACGUACAGCGCGCUGCUGGUGGAGAAGAAGACCGUGUUCCACCAGAGCGACGUGAAAGUCCCGGACGUGAGCCGCAUGUUUACGAGUUUCUAUGCCAAGAACAAGUCGCUGCUCAUAAACCCGGAGAUGUUCCACAUCCCGCAUGACUACAAUCACCUCAUGGGCUACGACCGGCCGUUCUCCUUCGACCCAGAUGAUAUAAAUAAACCUGAAAAUUAAAACUACCUGUUUUUCUUUCUUGAUUUUUAUAGUUCUUCAAACGGACUAGACUUGUGCUGGAAUGAAAAUGUCUAAUGAAUUAGUAUCAUCAAGAUUUUAAGAUUUUACAGCAUCUUCUGAAUAAAGAAGGAUCUUCCUGAA